AUGUGGUCGAGCAUUAUUUUGCAUAAACAUGAAAUUCUCUCCGAUGAAGGCUGUGUCUCUCACUUACAGUACAGUCUGCAAAUCGUUCUCCUCUACGACGAUAAACUCGUUCUCGUCUAUCUGGAGAAUAGAGAGAUAAACGAGAUUCAAUUAAAGCAACUACUUGCUUUAAUUGAAGAUGGUAGAAGUCGAAGGUACGUUGCUGAGGCACUUGAUUUAUCAGUGUCAACUGUGCAACGUGCUUACGCCAAGUAUUUAGAAACCAAUUCUUUUCAGAGGAGGCCCUUGGAACGCCCUCAAUGUACCAACAACAACGAUGACAGAUUCAUUGUUUUGAAUUCUUUAAGAGACAGACAUCGAACAGCAGUCCAAAUUCGAAACAAUUUGAGGGACGUCCGCAACACUAAUGUAUCCGUUGACACCGUUCAGAGAAGAUUAGCGGAUCAAAAUCUGUUUUCGCGCAAGCCAGCGGCUGUACCUUUACUUCAACGUCGCCAUCGCAUAGCUCGACUCAAUUUUGCAGUUGAACAUAGAGGCUGGACUCACGCAGACUAG